AUGGAUAAUGAUGCUGCGAAGAAACAAUUGGAGUUCCUCAUGGGCGGAUUCAAGCUACUAUGCCAAUCGGAGGUGCAAUUUUUGGAGAUGUUGACUUCGAUGGAGAAAACCUUGAAGCGAAUGGUUUGCGCAGUGGAGAGGAUUGAAUCUCGAUCGAUUUCAGAUGACGGUAGACAGCUGGACCUCCCGAUGUUCACUAAAGCAAAAUCUUGGUUCCACAAGGAACUAUCGUCGAUUCCGUUCAAUAGUUGGAGCCAGGUGAAGGAUGGUUUAUUGUUAACGUUUGGAAACAAUCGGGACAAAAAGCGAGUACUUGUGGAACUCGAUCAUGAAAUGAAGCAAUGGAUCAAAGAUUUUGAUCGCAAGAGGGAGCCACAUAAAUUUCUUGAAUCAGAAGCUAUCGUUGUAAGCGCAUCAAGACAUCACUCAAGUUCAGAGAAAGAAUUGAUUGAGUUAUUGGUUGUUUUUGAGAAAUUGCAAUGUGCAUUUGUAAAGAACAAUCGGAAUGUUGAAUCCGUUUUCUCACAUACGUUUGAUGAACCUUAUCACCCUUCUCGUGUCGCAUUUGCGGUGAGCUUUUGGCUGUUAAGGGCGAUUGGUGAACACAUGAGAAGAACUGUGGGAAAUGUAGGGUUUGCCGUUUGUGAUUAG